GGUGACAUUGUCAAACUUGUGGGAAAUCACAUAACACCUAUUGUCAGAACUGGAAAGCCCUGUAAGAGUUUGUACCAAGAGGAAUCUUGUGGAAGACCUUUAGGAAUUAAAUUUGAUCAAAAUGGCAACCUGUAUGCAGCUGAUGCUUAUUAUGGUAUUCUGAAGAUAAAUGUGAAAACAGGAGAAAAACAAGUCAUUGUUGAUUCAAAUCAAGAAAUUGCUGGUAGAAAACCAAUGUUAUUCAAUAGUAUUGCCCUUGCUACUAAUGGUGAUAUUUAUUGGACAGAUUCAAGCACUGAUUUUCACCUGAAAGAUGGAGUAUUCACAAUAUUAGCUGAUCCCAGUGGAAGAUUGAUCCAUUAUGAGGCAAAGAGCAAAACAAACAGGGUGCUCAUUGAUAACCUCCAUUUCGCAAAUGGAGUCAUGCUCUCUGAAGACGAAUCAUUUAUCAUCGUUGCUGAGACAUUUGGAAGCCGAAUUCAUCGAUACUAUUUGACAGGAGCUAAAAAAGGCACCCGUGACAUUUUCAUUGAUGGCCUCCCUGGUAUGCUUGAUAAUAUCAAUUCCGAUGGCAAAGGUGGAUUUUUGAUACCACUCGUCAUAUCAGCUGAUGCAGAACAUCCUAAUUUGGGUCAAAUUAUUCAGCCAUUUCCUCUCUUGAAAAAGUUAUUGGCUAGACUGAUGGGUAUCACUCAAUUACUAUUUGAAACAGUGAACAGGAUUUAUCCUUCAGAAUUUGCAGAGCGUUCCAUUUAUUACGUCGGCAAUUUUCAAAUGUUUCCUAGGAGCUUGGAUCCAUCACGAACAACACUUAUUCGCUUAUCCAAUCAGGGAGAAAUCAUAGAAUCUUUAUCUACCACUAACAGAAAUAUUCAUAGUAUCUCUGAGGCACAUAUAUUCAGAGAACAUCUUUACCUCGGGUCGCCAUUCAACAAUCACAUUCUGAGGAUUCCUCUAUCUGAAAUUGGUUGGUCUGAUCUAGCACAGAAGAGGGAAAAGCGCGAUGUGCCGGAAAUACCUCAAACCACGCCCCCUCAAAGACAACAGGCAACUACACCCCCACCCAAACAACAGCCAACCACCCAACCUCCAAAGACAACACAGCAGACUCAACCUCCCAAACCACAAACAACUCUCCCCCCGCCGAAACAACAAGCAACGACUCCUCCACCAAAACAAACGCCGCCCCCACAAAAACAACAACCUACGACCCCUCCUCCAAGGCAACAGGCACCAGCGCCACAAAAACAACAGGUCACAACUCCUCCCCCAAGUCAGCAAACCACGCCUCCCCCGAAACAGCAAACCACUCCUCCCCCGAAACAGGAAACCACUCCUCCCCCGAAACAGCAAACCACUCCUUCCCCGAAACAGCAAACCACUCCUCCCCCGAAACAACAAACCACUUCUCUCCCGAAACAGCAAACCAAUCCUCCCCCGACUCAGCAUACCACGCCUCCAAAACUACAAUCAACGCCUCCCCCGCAACAGAAAUUAACGCCUCUUCCGCAACAGCAAGCCACGCCUCCGCCAAAAGAAACUCCACCUCCAGCACGACAGACCACUCCUCCGCAACAGGCCACGCCUACAGCUAAACAGGUCCCGCCUACAGCUAAACAGGCCACGCCAGCUUCACAGGAACAAAACAAAGAACAGGUGAAAGCGGUGCCGGUUAGGGAUGCCCCAAGGGCGAAAAAUUCGUAA